CUGGAUGGAGGCGAUAUAUCCCGUGGCGGGAUAGGGGAGGUGGGGGAUAGGGGUGUCCGCUGGUGCCGCCCCGGCUCCCCCCUCUCUUUCUCCCCGGGGCUGUCAAUCAGGGGCCCCGGCUGCGGGGUAGAGACAGAGCUACUACGCCACAGCCCCCUUCUCCAGCCAUCCAGCCACCACCGCCAUUCGUACAGGGAGAGAGCCAGGCCCCCCAUCCCUCCUCCUCCAGCAUCCUGCCUCCCUCAGCCUCUGCGACCGGCCUUUUUAUCCACCCCCGUCCCAUCCCCUAGCCUCUUCCCUACCUCCUGAUUAUCAGUGCCACGAAUAAGUACCAUCAUUAAUUCACCAUGAGCGAUCAGACAGACGAGAGUAUGGCGAGUGAAGGAGGAAAAAUAAACGAAACGGAAACCAAAAAAAAGGGCAAAAGUUCGGGUUCCCAGGACUCUCAGCCUUCUCCUCUGGCCUUGCUGGCUGCCACCUGCAGUAAAAUAGGGACAACGGGUGAAAACCAAGGUGCCGGACAGCAGCAGAUCAUUUUAGAUCCCAACCAAGGUUUAGUGCAACUUCAAAACCAACCACAGCAGUUGGAGCUCGUGACAACUCAGCUUGCUGGCAGUGCUUGGCAGAUUGUAGCUGCCGCUCCUCCUGUUUCAAAAGAAAACAACAUCUCCCAGCAAGCCAUUUCCAUUGCUGCAACCUCUUCCAGUAACAACAAUGAAAAUACAUCGCCUGCAAAAAGCAAAUCUACCAAUUCAGCAUCUGCCCCAGGGCAGUUCCAGGUUAUCCAAGUGCAGACGCCAGGUGGUAAUGUACAGUAUCAAGUCAUUCCUCAGAUCCAGACUGUAGAUGGUCAGCACAUUCAGAUUGGCCCCGGAAACACCGCUGCUCUUCAAGAUCUGCAAGGACAAAUACAGUUUAUUCCUGCUGGUAACAACCAGGCAAUCAUUACAGCGGCUGGUAAUAGAACAACAUCUGGGAAUAUUAUUGCACAAAACCUGGCAAAUCAAACUGUUCCAGUACAGAUUCGACCAGGAGUUUCUAUACCGUUACAACUGCAAACCAUCCCUGGUGCUCCUGCUCAAGUAGUUACUACCUUGCCAAUAAACAUUGGCGGAGUGACUCUAGCUCUGCCUGUGAUUAACAGUGUUUCUGCUGGAGGAGGUUCAGCACAAAUAGUUCAGCCUACUGAUGGUGGGGUUUCCAAUGGAAAUCAGCUGGUGUCCACACCCAUCACAACUUCGUCCAUCAGUACCCUGCCAGAUUCUCCCUCCUCCUCCUCCUCUCCAACGUGCACAACCACUGUGUCUACAACUCUGACUAGCAGUGAUACACUCGUCAGCUCUGCUGAAACAGGCCAAUAUGCAAGCACGCCGGCCAGCGGUGAACGUGCCCCAGAGGAAUCUCCAGCAUCUGCUACGGAUUCUGAAUCCCAGAGCAGCAGUCAGCUCCAGGCAAAUGGGAUUCAGAGUGUGUCCGAUCAGUCAAAUUCCCUCCAGCAGGUGCAGAUUGUGGGCCAGCCUGUCUUACAGCAAAUACAGAUCCAGCAGCCCCAUCAGCAGAUUAUACAAGCCAUACCCCAGUCUUUUCAGCUUCAGUCAGGUCAAACCAUCCAGGCACUUCAACAGCUUCAAAAUGUUCAGCUGCAAGCACUUAGCCCAAACCAGGUUCUUAUUAGGGCCCCAACAUUAACCCCGUCUGGUCAGAUCAGCUGGCAGACUGUGCAGGUUCAGAAUAUUCAAAGCCUUCAGAAUUUACAAGUCCAAAACCCCGGACUGCAGCAACAAUUAACCUUAACACCAGUGUCUACCAGCAGUGGUACCACAAUAGCCCAAAUUGCACCGGUUACAGUUGCUGGUACACCAAUAACUCUUAAUGCGGCCCACUUUACCUCUGUGCCUAAUCUGCAGACAGUGAGUGUUGCAAAUCUUGGGGCGGCAGGAGUUCAAGUCCAAGGAGUUCCAGUUACAAUCACAAGUGUUGGAGGUCAACAGCAGGGAUCAGAUGGCGUAAAAGUGCAGCAAGCUACAAUAGCUCCGGUUACCGUGGCGGUUGGAGGUAUUGCCAAUGCAACCAUCGGCGCAGUGAGUCCAGACCAAAUAACUCAGGUGCAGCUCCAGCAGUCCCAACCAUCUUCUGAUCAAGAGGUGCAGACCGGCAAGAGGUUAAGAAGAGUGGCGUGUUCCUGUCCUAACUGCAGGGAAGGGGAGGGACGAGGCAGCAGCGAACCUGGGAAAAAGAAACAGCACGUCUGUCAUAUCGAGGGCUGUGGUAAAGUUUACGGAAAGACAUCUCACCUCCGAGCCCACCUGCGCUGGCACACCGGAGAAAGGCCUUUUGUGUGCAACUGGAUAUUUUGUGGCAAAAGGUUUACAAGGAGCGAUGAGUUACAGAGGCACCGAAGGACCCACACUGGAGAAAAAAGAUUUGAGUGUCCUGAAUGCUCCAAGCGCUUUAUGAGAAGCGAUCAUCUUUCAAAGCAUGUGAAAACCCAUCAGAACAAGAAAGGAGGUGGCACAGCACUGGCCAUUGUUACUUCUGGAGACCUGGAUUCAUCUGUCACAGGAGUCCUUGGGUCGCCACGAAUUGUCACAGUGGCAGCCAUCUCUCAAGAUUCAAACCCAGCAACCCCAAAUGUUUCAACAAACAUUGAUGAAUUUUGAAAUGCAUUUCAACGGAGACUUAUUCCGCUGCACUUAAUGUAUGUAAUCUGCAGGAGAGUGAAAGUCUGUAGAGUGGAUUCCGGGAGAGAUACCAUGUUUUAAAUUUUUUUACUAUUCCACACAAAGCGGGAAUUGGCAUGACGCUGUGAACAAUAUCCAUUGUUUUCUAACAUUAGGCAAUAUGUUUAAAAUGCAAAUAUCAUGUAGAUUCUACAUUUUGUAACAGCAAUUAGCUUCUCAAAAUUUUAACUUUUUCUCAUUCCUUUCUUCCCAAACAAAAGAAGAAA